UGUUCCCAUCUCCAUAGCUUUUGUACAAUAGGUUUCAAUUUAAAGCAACAAGGCAAGACUAAUUGUCAAGAUUAGUUGGUUCCCCAAGAAUCUUAUUGUGACUGUGUCUUCCAUUCUUUCUUACUGACCGAGAACUUUUUGAUACCAGAAUGAAAUGAAAAGACUCGAGUUUCAGCUUCUUCUUGAGCAAAUUUUAAAGAAGCAAGUAGGGAAUUCAUGAAUUCUUCACUCCUUUGACAUCACAAAAAGAACACUUUGUUUAUUAUUGUCAAUAGAUUUAUUUAAAUUUCUGAGGAAGCGUUCUCGAGUGAAGAAAGUAAGCUUAAUAGUGACCAUUGAGAACCAAUUUUUUUUUAGCCAGCCCUAAAAUAUAAAAAAAAAUUGAUGUUUCAUUGAACUCAGAAAGCGACCGGAAGCUAUUAAUUGUCUCGUUGACAACAAAUUAGUUCCAGCUUAUGACCUUAUACUAACGCUAUCAUGUUUGAACUAACACUGAUUAAAGGCAAUUCAUGGAACCAAAUUUCCGUUCCAGAUUUCCUCUUCAUGCAUAUUUUCAAUUGUUUGCCAAAUUUUAACCCAAUCCAAAAUUUCCAACCCUUUGACAAUGUGUUAUUUCUGUUUUAACUCCCUAAAACAGCCUUUUGGACUAUUAGUGACAAACCUCUAAACAGUUUUCGACAGUUUGCUCAGUUUGACCAGCUAGCUUGGUGUAUUUUUAAUUGCUCCUUAAACCUUACUAGAAAUUUAUGUUUCUGGUAGUUCGAGUUGAAUUUUAGUCCAUGUUUGAGCGUACCUUUUUAAUGUUUGCUAAACCAAACGAAAAGUUUUCGCUUGAUUAAUUCUGAGAAAUCAAAUUAUGACUUCUCCGCGAUCUGUUUACGAAAAUUUACUCCUGCCUCCCGAUUAUCUAGAAGAAAGUUUUGCGACAAAAACUUUGGGUUGUUGGGGUGAAAGUUGCGUCUAUGCAAUAGCCAAUGCGGGAGACACAGAGGACAAAAAAACUAACAGCGCCGGCCUCGAUUAUGAAGUGAAGAUGAACACAUUUGCAGCUGUAGUGAUUGCAAUUCUGGUGGUUGCUUGCAGUAUCUCGACCAUCGUCGGCAACUUGCUAGUCGUGAUAGCAUUCUACACCGAAAAGAAAUUACAGAUCACUCAUAACUACUUCUUGGUGUCGUUGUCUGUUGCGGACGGGUGUGUGGGGCUGGUGAGUGUCAAUCUGUGGCUCAUGCUCUACUUGGGGGAGGGGGUUUGGCCUCUGGGUUGGCCAGCAUGUGUAGUGUGGAUACUGCUGGACUAUGUAUGGUGCACAUCGUCCAUAUACCACGUCUUCAUAAUCAGCAUCGACAGGUGUUGGUCCGUGUCGUUUCCCGCAAGCUACCACAACCGAUCGGGUUCGAAGGCGGUGCUGUGGAUGAUCAUCCCCACCUGGGCUGUGAGUGGGGGCUGGUGGCUUCUAGUCAUAGUCGGACACCCUCUCAUCUACGGGAGAAAUGUGCCCGAGGGAUACUGCUGGGCAAACUAUUCCGGAACCUUGGCGUUGACUUAUGCGUCAACUUCCAUAACCUAUUGGGUUCCAGUGAUUGUUAUAACAGCCCUUUAUGUUCAUAUAUACAAAGUAGCGCAUAAGAUGAAAGCGAAAAAGAACGCCAAAAAACGAGAAGUUCUCGAGAAAGCAGAACCUGCAGUUUCAAGUAAUCGGCUCAAGCCAUUUGCACGUAACCGAAGUCCGUCGUCACCGAAUGUCAUAGUUCAUGCUGAAAUGACUUGUGACGCCGGCCGAAAUCUGAACGACUGUGAACAGAAUAUGGUGGCAGAGAUUCGACGAGGUUCCUUGAGGCCGAGUACUCCCGGCGACGAAACCCAUUUGAGAUGCCCGACAAAAAUGAGCCGAAUAGCUGUUUCGGACGAGCUGUUUAUAAGACACAAGCCGAAUGGCCAGGACUCUGGAAUUGACGUGGAUGUCGGAAACGAUUCAUCGGAAAACAAAAAGUCGAAUCCUCAUUUGAAGUUCACCAAAGUGUUCAUAGAGAAGGACGAGAUCAAAACGACGAAAGAAAUAAGCGACGAGCACGAAGAAAAUGCUGGUCUGAAGAUUAAUUUGAAUACCGGACACGAGAACUGUGGUAGCAAUCCUGCAAUUGUGGUCACCCCAACCGAGGAAGAGGCGGAGGAGGAGGGGGAGAACGGAAACGUAAAAAAAUGCGAGCAAGGAAAUCAACCCAAAUUCAACCUCAUUUCAAGCCUCAUCCCGCGAAGCACAAUUAAGCGAUUCUCAAAUUCAAGCAACACUUCACAGCAGAAACUGAUGAACCACAAGGUCAAUGACCGAAAAGCGAUGAAAACUCUGACCUUUUUAUUGGGGGCGUUCAUAAUUUGUUGGACUCCCUGGAACAUUGCGGAAAUAAUCAAUGGAUUUUGGGGUCCAAAGACAGUCAACUAUCAUGUAUAUCAGUUCACGUGGUUGCUGACUUACAUCAACAGUGGUCUGAACCCUCUCUGCUACGCAUUUGCCAACGCCCUCUUCAAAAACACCUUCAUUCGAAUUCUCUCAUUCGGAAAAAUUAACAGAGAGAUGCAAAAAAAUCGCAAAUUGCACAAACUGAAACCCACAAAGCUACGCACACCUCAUGUGUAAAAAAACAUUUUUUAGAUUGAAAGUUCUAUAAUUUGAUAAAGUGUAUUUGAAAAAAAUCUCAAAUAGCUCUCUAUUCAAUAAAGGUAAUGCACACUUAUUAAAA